UUGAAUCCGCUAGAACGCGCAGCUGCGGCUCCGGGCACGAGGCGGCUGGGAAGAUUCGAGUAGCGGCCUGGAAGCCCGACCGCGCCGUCAACAUGGCAUCCUUAUCCCUAGCACCUGUGAAUAUUUUCAAGGCUGGUGCUGAUGAAGAGAGAGCAGAGACAGCCCGUUUGUCAUCUUUUGUUGGGGCUAUUGCCAUUGGAGAUCUAGUUAAAAGCACGUUGGGACCUAAGGGCAUGGACAAGAUUCUCCUCAGUACUGGAAGAGAAGGCACAGUGACAGUAACCAAUGAUGGGGCAACUAUCUUAAAAGCUAUUGGAGUGGACAACCCUGCAGCCAAGGUUUUGGUUGAUAUGUCCAAGGUUCAAGAUGACGAAGUUGGAGAUGGAACUACUUCAGUAACUGUUCUGGCAGCUGAAUUGCUAAGGGAGGCAGAAUUAUUGAUUGCCAGAAAAAUCCACCCUCAGAUCAUUAUUGCAGGUUGGAGAGAAGCCACAAAAGCAGCAAGAGAAGCCUUGGUGAAAUCUGCUGUGGAUCAUGGGGGAGAUGAAGCUUCAUUUCACAAAGACUUAAUGAAUAUUGCAGAAACCACACUCUCUUCAAAAUUGCUUACUCAUCAUAAAGAUCACUUUGCAAAACUUGCAGUAGAUGCUGUCCUUAGGCUGAAGGGAUCUGGUAACCUGGAAGCUAUUCAUAUCAUCAAGAAACUAGGAGGAAGUCUAAUAGACUCCUACUUGGAUGAAGGUUUUCUGUUGGAUAAAAAAAUUGGAGUCAACCAGCCAAAAAGGAUUGAAAAUGCAAAAAUCCUUAUCGCAAAUACUGGCAUGGAUACUGAUAAAAUUAAGAUAUUUGGCUCCCGUGUAAGAGUGGAUUCCACGGCAAAGGUGGCAGAAAUUGAACAAGCAGAAAAAGAGAAAAUGAAGGAGAAGGUUGAACGUAUUCUGAAGCAUGGAAUAAACUGCUUUAUCAACAGGCAAUUGAUCUAUAACUACCCAGAACAGAUGUUUGCUGCUGCUGGUGUUAUGGCUAUUGAACAUGCAGAUUUUGCUGGAGUUGAACGUCUAGCUCUUGUUACAGGUGGUGAAAUUGCUUCAACUUUUGACCAUCCAGAAUUGGUAAAGCUAGGAAGCUGCAAGCUGAUUGAAGAAGUCAUGAUUGGUGAAGAUAAACUUCUUCAUUUCUCUGGAGUUGCCAUGGGUGAAGCAUGCACUGUAGUUCUGCGUGGUGCAACACAACAGAUCAUAGAUGAAGCGGAAAGAUCUCUGCAUGAUGCACUGUGUGUUCUUGCCCAGACUGUAAAAGAUACUAGAACAGUGUAUGGUGGAGGCUGCUCAGAGAUGUUAAUGGCUAAUGCUGUCUGGGAGCUUGCAAAGAGAACACCAGGCAAGGAAUCUGUAGCAAUGGAGUCCUUUGCUAAGGCCUUGAGUACGCUCCCAACUAUCAUCGCUGAUAAUGCUGGCUAUGACAGUGCAGAUUUGGUUUCCCAGCUUCGUGCUGCUCAUAUUGAAGGGAAAACUACAUAUGGACUUGACAUGAAGGAGGCUACCAUUGCAGACAUGGCAACUCUGGGAGUGGUGGAAAGCUUUCAAGUGAAACGGCAAGUUUUGCUGAGUGCUGCUGAAGCUGCAGAGGUGAUUCUCCGUGUCGAUGAUAUUAUUAAAGCAGCUCCAAGGAAAAGAGUACCAGAUCGUUAUCCGUGUUGAGUAUUCCAUGGUCAGUAAGAACACGUGGACCAGAAGUUUGCAAAAUACGUUGUGCACUUCAGACCGAUUUGAAGAAUAAAGGGAUGGAAUUUAGAGCUUUGGCAUGUGAUCAGUCUUUUGUUGGUUUAACUUAUAUCGUUUCAAAAAGACCAAUUCAUUCUUAUUGUAUAACAUCUAUACUUCCCCACCAUCCUCUUUGUAGUAUCCCAUAAUAAAAGUUUCAAAUCUGU